AGGAGCUGCCUGCAGCGGGCAGGGACCCCGGGGCAGGCACCAGGCCCCCCAGGCUGGAGGUGGACAUGCUCUACAAGAUCGAGGACACGCCCCCCUGGUACCUCUGCAUCCUGCUCGGCUUCCAGCACUACCUGACCUGUUUCAGCGGCACCAUCGCCGUCCCCUUCCUGCUGGCUGAGAGCAUGUGCGUGGGCAAGGACCAGCUCACCGUCAGCUACCUCAUCGGCACCAUCUUCACCUGCGUGGGCGUCACCACCCUCAUCCAGACCACCGUGGGCAUCAGGCUGCCCCUCUUCCAGGCGAGCGCCUUGGCUUUCCUCGUCCCUGCCAAGUCCAUCCUGGCCCUGGAGAAGUGGCAAUGCCCACCCGAAGACCAGAUCUACGGCAACUGGACGCUGCCGCUCAACACGUCCCACAUCUGGCAGCCCCGCAUGCGAGAGAUCCAGGGGGCCAUCGUGGUGUCCAGCCUGGUGGAGGUGGCCAUCGGGCUGCUGGGGCUCCCCGGGGCUCUGCUCAGCUACAUCGGGCCGCUGACCGUCACCCCCACCAUCUCCCUCAUCGGCCUCUCCGUCUUCCAGGCGGCCGGCGAGCGGGCCGGCUCCCACUGGGGCAUCGCCAUGCUGACCAUCUUCCUGAUCGUGCUGUUCGCCCAGUACCUGCGGCACGUGGCCGUGUGCCUGCCCAGCUACCGGCGGCGCCACGGCUUCGUCCUCAUCCGCGUCCAGAUCUUCAAGAUGUUCCCGAUCAUGCUGGCCAUCAUGGUGGUGUGGCUGGUCUGCUACGUGCUGACGCUCACCGGCAGCUUCCCCAGCGAGCCCGAGGCGCACGGCUACAAGGCCAGGACGGAUGCCCGGGGGGAGAUCCUGUCCGUGGCACCCUGGUUUCGGAUUCCCUACCCCUGUCAGUGGGGUCUGCCCACAGUGACCUCAGCAGCCAUGCUGGGCAUGUUCAGUGCCACGCUGGCAGGCAUCAUCGAGUCCAUCGGGGAUUACUACUCCUGCGCCCGGCUGGCGGGAGCCCCCCCUCCCCCUGUGCACGCCAUUAACAGGGGCAUUUUCACCGAAGGCAUCUCCUGCAUCAUCGCGGGGCUGAUGGGAACAGGCAACGGCUCCACCUCCUCCAGCCCCAACAUCGGCGUCCUGGGCAUCACCAAGGUGGGGAGCAGGAGGGUGAUCCAGUACGGGGCCGGCAUCAUGCUGGUGCUGGGCACCGUCGGGAAGUUCACCGCGCUCUUCGCCUCGCUGCCCGACCCCGUCCUCGGCGGCAUGUUCUGCACCUUAUUCGGCACGAUCACGGCCGUGGGCCUCUCCAACCUGCAGUUCGUGGACAUGAACUCCUCCCGCAACCUCUUCGUGUUGGGCUUUUCCAUGUUCUUCGGGCUGACGCUGCCCAACUACCUGGAUGCCAACCCCAAGGCCAUUAACACAGGUGUCCCCGAGCUGGACCAGAUCCUCAUGGUGCUGCUGACCACGGAGAUGUUCGUUGGGGGGACCCUUGCCUUCAUCCUGGACAACACCAUCCCAGGGACGCAGGAGGAGCGGGGGCUGGUGCAGUGGAAGGCCGGGGCACACUCGGACAGCGGGAGCAGCGCCAACCUCAGCAGCUACGACUUCCCGGUGGGGAUGAGCGUGGUGAGGAGGAGCCGGUGGCUGCGGCACGUGCCCAUCUGCCCCGUGUUCACGGGCUUUAGGGCCCCGUGUUCACGGGCAAAGGGCAGCAGCGGGGAGGCCACGGCCACGGCCACGGGGGACGCCGCAGACGGGCUCACUGUGUGCACCAAGGUCUGAGGCAGG